GCUAAUUUAUAAAUGAGUAAUUGAAACCAAAUUAGCCAUGGUGCAUUAGGCAAGAUUAAACUCGAUCAUUUUUGAUCAGUGCUUAGCUAGCCGAAAAUUAGAUGAAAACUCUAUAUUCUCCUCAUAUCCCCGAAUCAUCACUAAUCGAUUACAAAAAAAGAUGUUGGCAGUUGGUUGCACAUUCAUCGGUCUCAUUCAUGAUCAAUCUGAUCUACACUGCCUGUAUCUUCAUUGCCUGUGUAUACGAGUAAUAUGUGCUGCGGAAAAUGUCAAACCUAAAAUUCGACCCAUGAGACUAUGGUCUAAACACGGUAUGAUAGAAGAAAGGAUGGGUACACUCUCAUCAUCGUCAUUUGAUUUGCUCCAUUAUCAGUAUUGUUGCAAGCAGAAGUUUUACUCUAGAGUACCAGGAGUGCCAGCUAUCAUAUUGAGUUCUCCAAGUUCACUAUCACAAAACCUAUUGCAAGCCUAUCCAUAUACGGGAGAACAGAAGAUGUUUACAAAGUUCUUACAAAUUCAGUUCACUACCACACACGCCUUUGAAUUGGCUUAUACCGUAGUCACUCAUCAGCUAGUCGAGUUCUGAUGCAAUCAGUGUUCUCUAGUCUUCUGACCAUUUAUAAGUUGUGCAAAUAAGGGACGUAGUGUUAACUCGGACUCAGUAUAAAGCGUGUGGAAGUUCAUCAUUUUACGAUAGUUUAUCGAAUCUAGAGGACAUGGACGUUAAAUCACAUUUGACGAAAAGUUUGUGGGAUCAAAAACCCAUACCCGAUGUUAGUGAAGAUAAAUUUGUGGGGAAAAAACAGUGGCCUUACAAUGGAGCGCCCACGAUGUUAUAUGAGCAAAGCUAUGAGGUAUCCAUUAAGAAAGAAGACAAUACUGACUUCCAGGAAAGCCCCCUCGAUUUAAGUAUUCGGAAAGAUCACUGCAGUAACAUUCCAACUGUUGUUCCGAUACCAAGUUACACGUCCGGCCUAGAAAUUCAACAAACAGUAAUGGCGGGAUUCACCUACAACCAGCAGUGGAGCUCUGCUCAAACACCACCGACCAGCGAUCCACAAGUGUACAUAAUAGAUUUUGUUGAGGACAAAACGAAGCAAAUCGAAGAAGGUAUUAAACGAUACUGCCCUGAUGUUGUGCAGAAAAUAAAAACCGAGUCUUUGUGCGAAUUGAAACCCGUACAUCAACCAAACCUCAAGCUUUCGCCAAGUCCUUGCUACGAGCCAAUAUCGUCACACGAUGAAGCAGAACCAACUCCGGGAUUGACUUGCGGAGAAAACAUUCGGUCAACACAACUAGCCACUGACUUAAAUGAUGCAUCGGAGCCUAGUUCGACCUACAGCAUUCCAUCUACAAGCUAUGCCCAUGUGCCGUCCUUCGAUAUUGUUGAUCUAGCUGCUACACAUUCAGCCCCAGCGACUCCAACCGUUCAAGACAUCGAUCCAUCAGAAGUCUACACGGUUCGGGAAACCUGCCCAGUCGAUGCCUCACAACCCCAGGCAACUAAAAAGCCCAUCUCGAAGAAACGCAGGCGUCAAAUCCAGUACGGCAGCGAGUUCUAUUGCAAGAUCUGUGAGAAGCAAUUCAGCAGACAGAGUAACUUGCUGCAGCAUUUGCGCCUGAAGCACGAGGAACAUCGGCCGUUCCGGUGUGACAUCUGCGGGAAAUCGUACUUCACAGAACAAGACAUGCUUGGGCAUCGCCAGAACCAUGAUCCUAGCAGGAAGCGGCAUAAGUGCCCGAGUUGCGAAAAAAGCUAUCGGCACAUGAACGAUCUCGAUCGGCACUUCGCAACGCACCACGGCACGCCGACGUAUGUGUGCGAGAUCGAGGGCUGCCCGAAGGCGUUCGCACGGCGCGAUCACAUGUUGUUGCACUACGAGACCCACAAGGACCAAUUGGACCGGCUGAUUGCGAUGACGAUGUUGCAUAAGGAAAAGGAGAAUAAAGGCAAGCAGAUGCGACGAGAUCCGAGGGAGGAUUGAAGAGUGACUUUUGAACGGACAUCGGUGGCGCUCGCUUCGAUUUUACUCUCGUUUGUCGUUUAGCACCCUAUCGCCAUCUUAUGCCUACUUGACAGUUUUCACAUGGAACGACCUGAUUUCAUGAAUGAUGAUUUUUACGACUGUUUGUGUGAUAUA